AAAUUUGGAUGAUCUAAGGGCCCUAAUUAUAUUUAAUUCAACAAGCAUACCAAAUACGACCAAAGUUUAUGCAUAUAAUAUUUUAUCAAACCCCCCUUAUAUAGUUAUAUGAUAUUACUUCACCCACUUAUCUUUUUCUUGUAUCUUCAUUUCUCUACCUACAACAUUUUGGUAUUUUCAGACAAUUUACUAAAAAAAUUGUCUAAGAACAACACCAAAGACACAAGUUUAAUAAUAAUGGCUUUGUUUAGAGCUUUGAGCACGAGAAGAAGUCGUCGAGAUGGGUAUGACAGGCUUUUAGACGAGACUAAUACGAUUGGUGUCAAUGAUUAUAGUUGUGCUGGUACUGGUGGUGGUGGUGCAAAUCAUGCUGUGUUAAAGAGGGUUACUAGUGUUCCUGCUAGCAUGUUAUUCGGGUCCUCGUCUAAGAAACUCGAGUUCGAAACGGGUCAUCUAGGAAAAAACUCUAAGCCAAAACAACAACAGCCAGCAAAGAGUAAAAAAAGUGGCAAGAGUCACCCUGUGUUUAGUUUGUUUGAUGGGAAGUGGAGGAAGAAGAAGAUGACGGCGAACCCGGAUUUUUCGCGGUAUAUUGAGUAUUUGAAAGAAGGAGGGGUGUGGAACAAGGAUACAAAUUCACCUGCAAUCUAUUACAAGUGAAUAUGGAUUAUUAACUUUGUUAUGGAUGCAAUAUAAUAAGCCAGUGGACAAGAUGGUAUGGAGCUUCAAGAAUUUUGACAAAUAAGGUCGGUGAGUAGUGAUACUUUGAUGUGAAUUUGCAUGUGCUCUUCUUUAAUUUAGUGACUUCCAAGUUCCAACUAUAUGCUGUCGUUGGCUUUUCACUCUUGCCACUUACAUUCUUCAUUUCCCAUAUGCAACUUCUAAGUCAAGAGUAAUGGUGAACAACUAUAUGACUUAGCUUGUAUAUAUGACAUUCUAGAUAGCUAAUAGCAACAUUAUAUUGAUAUAUGCUUUGAUUUUAUUUCUUUGGUGAAAAUGUGGGCAAUGUUUUCUUUGAUUAUGGAUUAUCUCAAGCAUCUUAUAUUUUGGAA